AUGUCACAAAGUUAUCACAAGCAGUUUCAAGAGAACCGACGAAACAAUGAUCAGAAUGGUUUAUUCUCAAAUUCAAAAGCAACAGCAGGCAGCAAAUUACCACCACAACGAUCAACAGCGUCUGUCAAACAAGCGCCACGAUCAGAUACAUUUACGUUGCCGGCAAUACGCAAUGGAACGAAUUCUAAAGCGCCGAAAACCAAUCAGAUACAAAAUGGUGCUCGACGAGAAAUACCAAAAAAGUCUACAAUCGUAAAACGAACGCCACCUGCUCAACAAAAACGUACUGAAGACAUGCAUCAAAAUGUUGGCACUAGACCGGCCAUGAGACAAACUAAUCCAAUGAUAGAACGAGGAAAUGUCGAACGAAAACCAGUACGCUUUCCUAAUACUCAUAAUAAUGCUUAUUCUGCUCCUCCCACUUCUCUACCUGUGUAUUAUCAGAGACCGCCGCCCGUUGAUGAUCCUCAACCUCGAGAUGUCUAUGACAGACCACGACGAAUGCGUGUAUCUAAUGAUGACUAUGUAGUGCAUCGUCGAACCGAAUCACCUGCUUAUGCUUAUGACGACUAUCAUCCGGUGAGUGAUAUACCAACAAUUUCCUAUUUUACUUCGUUUCCACCCAUUAAUCAGCCAAAACAUCAGACAUCUCCUACUGUCAUUAUUCGUCCGAAAGAAAAUCAUCGUGCCCAUACUUCUACAAAGAUUCCAACUGUAUCCAUCGCUCCUCCUGCACCCUUUAUGUUUUUCCCUCAAACAGCGGGUCCCUCAUAUCCUCCUAAUUCUACUAUGUUUUUACCAAAUUCAAAUGUUUCUCCAUACUCCCAUAUAUCUCCUAUGAUUUUACCUAUGACUACAGUUCCUAAUCAGCCUCCUGGGCAGCAUUUUUUUCUUCAGCCUUCGUCAAAUCCUAACUAUUUUACGCAACCCUACUUUUAUCCUAUGCCUCAAGCUAAUAAUAAUAAUAAUCCUUCGACAUCAGCGCCACCAUUACCGUCUCAGCCUAUUAUAAGUCAAUCGUCAUCUGCACCGGCACAAAUAAAAACCGAGGAAAAAAAUACGACAUUUAUCGUUCGUCCAGAUACAACGAACAAGAAAAAUGUAAUCAUACAAGUGAAAAUGACAGACGAGGAUGGCUCACUCGGUAAACGACCACAACGAGUAAGACGUGUUGUACAUGAUCCUCCAUAUUAUGACGCUGACGAUCGAUAUUAUAAUGAACCUGAACCAGCACAUGUUGUCUAUGAACAACCAAGACGUCGAAGAACAGUUCUUCGAAGGCCUCCACCGCCUCCGACCGAAUAUGUUUAUGUUGAUGAAUCCCCAUCACCUGUAGUUCGUCGUCGUCCAGCUCGUUCAGACAUUGUUUAUGUUGACGAUGAUCGUCGUUCAGAAUAUGAAGACGAAGUCAUCUAUGUUGAUGAAGAUGGCAAUGAAGUCGACUACAUCUACGACGAUGAGCCUGUUUAUCAUCGACGAAAUUACAAAAAAUCUCGCCAUCCACCAUCAACAAAAAUCGUUUAUGAAUAA